UCACAGGCUUGCCACAGAAAAGGAACACAGCUUGGAAUUAAGCUGGAAGUUCUGUCAAACUGCUGAGUAUUGUUAUUUCUUUACAGACAAGUUGGAGUUUGUGCAACAACUGCCAAAGAUGGUCCCUGGGAAAAUACAAAGGAAGAAUCUAAGAAAGGAAGACUGGGGAAGAGCUGAGUUUUGCUGCUGAGCUGCUGGCCAGAAUGUGCUGAACAUGACUGCUUUUCUGCUUUCUGGCAUCCUGUUCCCUAACAGUCUUAAGAGGUGCCGGAGAACCUUCUGAUGAUUGUGCCUUUCUCCAGAAGGAGAUUGGAGAAAUGAAUUCUGUGCUCUCAGGGGAAAUAAUCCCCACCACGGAAUCUGAUGUGUGAUCCUAAUGAAGGGCCACAGCUGCUCAAAGAACUAGAAAGAAGCCAGAAGGCAGUACUCACCAAUUAAGUACUAGGCAAGAUACAUGAGGAGGAGUUGAAAGAAGUCUCACCUGAUCACAAAUAACACCUCCAGACUGAAGAAGUAGCUUCUUUCUGCAAGAACAUCUUCUAGGUCUGAGUCUGCAAUCACUGGCUCAGAUCUAAGGGAAAAAUAAACCAGCUGCCGUUUCCACAAAGAUGUCACUGAUUAACCUGUUGCAGUCCUCAUGGAGCACCCACACACUCCGCAGAUUAUUCCACCAGUAUCACAAGACUUUUGCACCUUUGAAUUUCUCAUAUUAUGAAGCUGUCAGUCGUUGUGAACAGGAAGUACCAGAGUACUUUAAUUUUGCAAGUGAUGUGCUGGACAAGUGGUCUCAAAUCGAAAAGGAACGAAAAGGACCAUCAAAUCCAGCUCUAUGGUGGAUAAAUGGAAAAGGAGAUGAAAUUAAAUGGAGCUUUGAGGAGCUGGGCUUCCUGUCCCAAAAAGUGGCCAACGUGCUCUCUGGGCCAUGCAGUCUGGAAAGAGGAGACCGAGUUUUAGUGAUUCUCCCCCGAAUCCCAGAGUGGUGGCUGCUGAGCGUGGCUUGUAUGCGAACAGGUGUUAUCAUCAUCCCAGGGACCACACAACUGACAGCACAAGACAUCUGCUAUAGACUGCUGGCUUCCAAGGCUAAGUGCAUUAUUACAACUGAUGUGCUUGCUCCUGUGGUGGACUCAGUUGCAUCCAAAUCUCAGUUUCUGAAAACAAAGCUAAUUGUAUCUGAAAGCAGAAGGGCUGAGUGGCUGAACUUCAGUGAUUUGCUCAAGGCUGCCUCUGCUAUCCAUAACUGUGUGAAGACAAAAACCCAGGAUCCCAUGGCAAUCUAUUUUACCAGUGGUACUACAGGCUCACCCAAAAUGGUUGAACAUUCCUAUGGAAGCUUUGGUCUGGGUUUUUUUCUCUUAGGAAGCUACUGGAUGAAUUUGACUCCCUCAGACAUCUUGUGGAACAUGUCAGACACUGCUUGGGUAAAGGCAGCUGCUGGGAGCGUUUUCGGGCCAUGGUUCCAGGGCUCAUGUGUUUUCAUACAUGCCAUGCCACAGUUUGAUGCAAGAGAAACCUUAAAUACCUUGUGCAGAUACCCAGUGACCACUCUGUGCAGUGCACCAACUGCCUACCGCGUGCUGGUACAGCACGACCUCACCAGGUAUGCGUUCAAGACACUGAAGCACUGUUUGACUGCAGGUGAACCACUCAACCCAGAUGUGAUGGCACAGUGGAAAAGCCAAACAGGACUGAAUAUCUAUGAAGGCUACGGCCAAACCGAAAUUGGAAUGGUAUGUGCCAAUACAAAAGGAAUGAAAAUUAAGCCAGGUUCCUUGGGAAAGGCAGCUCCCCACUAUGAUAUUUCGAUUGUAGAUGAAAAUGGCAGUGUUCUGCCUCCUGGGAAAGAAGGAGACAUUGCUGUCAAAGUAGAUGCCAAGUGGCCAUUUACUUUUUUCACUCGAUACGUGGACGAUCCAGUGAAAACUGCUUCCACAAUCCGUGGGAACUUCUACAUCACUGGAGACAGAGGGAGCAUGGAUGAGGAUGGAUACAUAUGGUUUAUGGGGAGAUCUGAUGAUAUCAUCAUCUCCUCUGGGUACCGUAUUGGACCAUUUGAAAUAGAGAGUGCCCUGAUAGAGCACCCAGCUGUUGCUGAGUCAGCUGUGGUCAGCAGCCCAGAUCCCACCAGAGGGGAGGUGGUAAAAGCUUUUGUGGUCUUAUCUCCUCCCUUUAAGUCACAAGAUCCAAAGAAACUGGCCCGUGAAUUGCAAGAUUAUGUCAGGAAAGUCACUGCUCCAUACAAGUACCCCAGGAAGAUUGAAUUUGUCCAGCAGCUGCCAAAGACAAUCACUGGGAAAAUCAGGCGGAAUGAACUGAGGAACAAGGAAUGGAGAAAGACUUAAUUUUGAUAAGCAAUCUAAAAAGGCCUAUCCCUAUCAAUUUCAUUCAUAAUGGAGCUCUUCUAACAACUGUUAAGCACCAACACAGGAUUAUAUUUCACCCACUGAGCAGUGACUGUGUAAGAAUGCACAAGUAUAAAAAUUCCCAACUAUGUUUUUUUACAUCCUUGUGUUCUUGCUUAAACAAAAAUCAAGCCUACCUUGGCAAGGCAGAUGCAAACACAACUUCCAGCCACCUAGCACUUUUCAGAAUCACAGUACAAGUAGAAGUGAUUCCAAAUGAAGGAGUAGUGUGUUCAUUCUUUUGAGACCAGAUAAUUUAAUUCACAAGAGGCUUACUAACAAGGAGAUCAUGAUAGUAUACAAUGAAGUUCCCAGAAAUGGCCACAGAUCUUGCACGCAUCCAAAUUAAGCACCCUGCUUGUAUGAAUAUAAAUAAAUUUAGGAAUUAAUGUGUUAACAGUGAAUGUUCAGUAAGGGCAAGUUAUAAAAACAAGAAGGAUGGCAUCUUUUAAGACUGCAGCACAGGCAUCAUGUAAAUGUCACACAGACACAGGCUUGACAAACAGCAGCUAUUCAGCAGCUUCUUCUGAAGAACUGUCGGUCCUGUAGACACAUAUGAAUGAGAAGGGUAAAAAAAAACAACCAAACCAAAACCCAACAAUCAAAAAACUACAAACUAUCCAUGAGCCUAUCCUUGUCCUUAGUAAGUAAGGUAAGCAGGCUGUUUUGAAUCAUGAUCAUCAACAUGAGCCACCAAUAAACAUUCACAGUUGACCUUCA